ACAACGAAAAGGACGACAACUAAAGUUACAACUUCAACAAAAGCAGACGCAGCGACGACGUCGACUCAUCCAAUGGUUCUGGCCACUUCCAGGCUCACAACUGUUACAUCAACACAGUUGCCACCAACGCAAUCAUCAACAAUGUCUCUUUCUCCAUCACCACCAUCACCAUCGCCAUCUUCGCCAUCAUCGCCAUCAUCUUCACUAUCUACAACGACGCUGCUAUCAACAACAGUAACAACAACUACUACUACAAGGAGAUCAACGACGACGACUACAAAAUCUACAACGACAACCACCACAAAGAAACAAGCGACAAAGAAAAAGGAAGAUGACGAUGAUAACAACGAUGACGACGAUAAAGAUGAUGAUGAAAACAAUGACGAGAAAAACGACGAGAGCAAGAACGCAGAGCCGGAAUCUGAGGAGCCUGAAGUGCCACUUGAAGAGGAGGAGGACAUUGUUGCAGCUGCAGGGAUCCCUGGAGGGGCUGUAGGAGGGAUGGCUGUAGGUGGUGCAGCUGCUGCAGUUGUAGCAAAGAAGAUGAUGAAAAAAGAUGACGAAGAAGAUGAAGAUGAUAAUGAGGACGACGAUGAUGAUGAUGACGACGACGAAGACGGAAAUACUGAUGACGUCGACGAUGACGUAGGCCCUGACGUAGUGGACGAUGCUGUCCAGACGUCACAGACUAGCCUCCAGAAAAACUACGACAACCUACCUCAGGAUGAGCUCAUAGAAACAAUAAACGACCUGUACUUCCGACCUCCAAGUCUUGUGUCCGAGUCAAGUUCACAUUCAGCAGCAGAUUCUACUGGACACUUGGAGGAAUCCGACAAUUCUGAUGAUUUAGAGAAGAACGUGGGUAUGCCGACAAGUUUACGCUCUCUAGCCGCACUGUCAGCAACGGAAAGUACAUUCCAACUGAAGAGAAGCCUGUCUCGGUUAGGUGGAAGCUCUCUGUUGGAUGAAUGCCAGCCGCUGCUAAGCAAGAGCUCGCCUUUUCUGAAUCAGGAAAGCUUUUUUGACGGCUUCAUGCUACCCAUACCUGUGAGUUUGAGUUCCCCACACAUAGGCGCAGAUGGACAGGCUUCUGAUGGUGGGGAAUCCAUACUUAGCCAGAGCCUAACAUUCGAGCAAGAGGGCUCCCCAGAAAAAACUUCGACACCAUUGCUUCCAGUCACGGAUGACAUUCAAUUUGUAGAUGAGACAGAAUCACUUUUAGGCAACCAGGAACCAGACGAAAGGCAAACGUCGUCACCGAAGCUAGAUGGUUUUUUCACACCGGUUGUCGACGAACCAGUUGCAUGUGAAAAGAUGCCACCAUUAAUCGAGAACCUACCUCAGCUAUGUAUGCCGUCUUUACAGGACACAGAAGCACCACUAUUCAAAGAGGAGUCACCCAUAUUGCAUGAACUCUUACCCGAUCUGAACACCUACCCGAAGCUUCCCCACAAUUUAAAGAAAGAUAUGCCACUGAAUAAAGAUCUACCCGAUGAAGAAGAUUCCUGGAUCCCCUCCUCCAAGUGA